ACAAUGGAAGUAGAAUGACUUCUAGUAGAAGUAAAUUAUGCUGUUUAAGUUGAUUUUUAUUUUUCUAAAUUCUGGCUCUAUGGUUUAAUCAUUGAUUGUUAAUGAUAGCUUGGCUAGGAUGGGAGCUAAGAAAUAAUUUUGUUCCUUUAAUUGAAUUCUGUUCAAGUAAAUCUUUUAAUUCAAGAUGAGCGAUUUUUGAGAGAUGAGAAUUAUAAGAAAGGGCAAGAAAAUAACUUUCAUUUCUGAAUACUGAAAAUGUCAUUCAGAAAUAUUUUGUCUCCAGUACAGAGAGUUAUUUACCACCACAAUUAUGAUUGGCAUAUUGGUUGUUAAGCAAAGUAUCAUAUUUUUGGAGUAUAAGAUACACCUUUUUCCCCCCCUAAAAGAGGGUGAAAAUUUGAAUACGUCUUAUACACAGAAUGUAGCCCACCCAGCCUCUGAAAGGGAGGUUUCAGAGGCUGAAAAAAAAGCAAGGCGCAGAACUCACAACCAACGAACUUGUAGCUAAAGUUCACCUCUGGGAACAGCUGACUGAGGUAUUCCAGGAGGCCAUCUACCCAUCAAUCAGCUUUUUUCUUAUUUUUCUCCCCAACAACUAAGUGUCAUAUAGAAGAGAUGAAAUGUGGUCUGAGCGGUAUGAAUAUGAAAGAUUACCACGAGAAAGACUUCCUCCACGUCCUGAUGAUGACUACCAUCGAGUAGUCAGUUUUGCAUCCAAGAAACCACCACUUCCAGAAAGACCUGGUGAAGGAGGCUAUAGUAGAUAUGAAUAUGGCCAUGCUCAUGUAGGCUAUAGAGAUUAUGGUGAAGGUCGAGGUUUUGCCCACGAACGAAGAAGUGGACUACCACAUAGAAUUGAUGAUCCAGGAUAUAGAUGGUCAAGAGAAGACCAUUCUGAUAGUCGGCCACCUGAUUAUAGAGAUGGCAUACGACGGAAACCUAUAUAUCCUCAGUAUGCAAGAGAUCGCUCCCCACAUAAAAGGGAUUCCCCUUACUUCAGAGAAUCACCGAUUGGCCGAAGAGAAUCUCCUCACAGCAGAUCUGGCUCCAGUGUCAGCAGCAGAAGUUAUUCACCUGAUAGAAGCAAAGCCUACACCUUCCAUCAAUCCCAGCAUAGCAGAAAGAGAUCUUCAACUCAGAGUUUGAAGACUUCAAGAGAUGUAUCUCCUUCAGGAGCUACAGCACUAUCACCUGCAAAAACUUUGGUCAAAAGCAGCAGAUUAUCGGAAAAGGAGCUUGCAGAGGCUGCAAGCCGAUGGGCAGCUGAAAAGGCAGAGAAAGUAGAGGCAAGCACUAUACCUGAAAUUUCAGAGUAUGAUGCCACAUCCUCAGAUCCAUUGUAUAUAGAACACCAUGAAGAAACAGGUGCUAGUAUAACAGACAGCAAUCAAUUAUUUGAAGACAACUAUCACGUUAAUCGCUCAAAGGCAAUUGCUCAAAAGACAAAGGAAAUUGAACAAGUAUACCGACAGGAUUGUGAAACUUUUGGUGCUGUGGUGAAGAUGCUAAUUGAAAAAGACCCUGCAUUAGAAAAACCUGUUCAGUUUUCUUUGAGACAAAAUUUGCAUGAGAUUGGUGAGCGAUGUGUUGAAGAACUUAAACACUUCAUUGCAGAAUAUGAUUCUACAAGUCAAGAAUUUGAAGAAACGUAAGAUAAAUUAUGGGUUACUCAUGUAUAAAGGCUACCUGAUUCAUGGAUGCUAAUCUUCUACGUUUGUUCAUCUUGCAUUUGAUCUCUUCAUAAAUUUGAAUUAAUUGCAAAACAACAAUAUCAUUUACUUAGUUGAUUCCAUUUGGAAAAUAUAUUGAAUAUAUAAAGUUCAGUUCAUGUCAGCCAUAUUUUGAAAAUCUUUAACAAAAAGCUGCUCCAAUUAUUGAAACAGGUUGCUGAGUAUGAUAGACCAUUUUGUAAUUUUAUUGAUAUUGAUGAAUGUAUAUAAAAUAAAUGUGCAUCUGUAUUUAUAUAAAUUUUAAAUAUGUGUUGCCUUUAAUUUAAAUUUGAUUGGAAAUCAUUGUUAGGACAGUUCCAUUAAGCUAGUUGUUUAAGCUUAGUGGUUUUGUAAGUUCAAACAGCCUGAAUAAUUAAACUCCUUCAGAGUUAGUAUCAAAAUUUGCAUUUUUUGAAAGCUUUGUACAGUUGUAUAAACAAUAUUUGUCUUUAAUAGUAAUGGAAAAUAUAUAUUCUUA